CUUUCCCUCCCACGUCCUUUCCUGGGAAAACGGGAUGAUAGGCCUCAAGCUCGUGCCAUGGCUUCUUGUGACGGUGCGCGGAGACCCGCGAGCCGAUCCGACCUUGAAGGGCAUGCUGGCCAAGAUCCAGUCCGGGGAGUUCGAGAACAACUUCUUCGACGGGGAGGUCUUGGAAUCCACGCCCGGCAGCGAGAAGGAGGCCACCGCGGGCUGCUUGCUGGACAAGGUGGGGGCCAUUGUGGAAGAGAAGGGGGUGCAGGAGUUUGUGAAUGACCUGCAGGUGGAUUUGGCUGCCUGCUGCACUAAGGAUGCCGCGGAUUGCUUUGUGGAUGUAGAGCCUGCUUACAAACUGCUGCAAGAGGUGAACUCUGGAGCAGGCGAUGCGAAGCACGCCCCCAAGGUGGCAGCCAUUCUGAUGAAGGCGAUUGAGAAGCGAGUCACCGCUGGGCAGGUGAAGAAGAGCCACAAGUCGUAUUUUGGCAAGUGCCCAGAUAUCGAGCAGUGCACCCUAGAGAAGUUCCAAUACCCUAAGGAGCUGUGAGUUACGUGGGCCGGUUCGAGACAGGCGAAAACGCCAACAUACCAAAUGGUUUGACGCGGAA